AUGUCAGAACGACGAAAUUCAGUGACAGCUUUUGAAAUUCGGUUUGUUGAUGAUACGGCGUUAGAAGUAGUAGAUAUUACACCUGAACGAAUACCACCUACUGAACGCCAUAUUCCAGAUCCUUUUAGGAAACGUGACAAAAUUCCACGUAACUCUGGAAGUUUUUCCGCAACAACUGUAGCUCCAGAACCAUUAUCAACAUUCGGCAAAGAUUCACCGACAAACAAAAAUAAUUAUGGUGGUUCAAAAAUUCCUAUGCGGAAAGGAUAUAGCACUUCUGGCAGAAGAUCAAAGACUGAUCCGCUACUAUCACAGCAAAAACGCAUGUCCAGCGCUUCUAUGGGCGAUUCUGAUACGUCAUCCUCAACAGCAACAGAGAAUACGUAUAGUUAUAUAGGUGGUCGAAAAUCACCAUCAUCACAACAGAAAAAUGUAAAAUAUUCUAUUAAAAAUAAAAAACGGGGUUUUUCGGGAGAGGAUAAUAGUGAACAAGAGACGCAUAGAAAAUAUUCAAAGAACAAUUAUAACAAUGAUGAUGAUGUAAUAAAUGAACGAGUUACAUCAUCAUCUUCUUCUUCACUCAUCGCAGAUAAAAGCCAUUAUAAUAGUGGUAAUUAUUCUCGUUAUGUGGAUGGUUUAACUACUCCACCCGCUACACCACCACUUUCACCACCACUUUCACCAACCAAUAAUAAGACAGAUUCAUAUGCUGCUGAACCGUCACCGAGAAAUAGCUCAAUAAUAGUUGAUCAAAUGGUGGUUUCCGAUAAUUCUUCAGAAACCAUCGUUUCAUCAACGCCACCAUCUAGCCGUAAGUUACCCCCAAUUUGCACAUCCCCCACUACUCUGGCAUCCGCUACAAAUGAUGAUGACAUUGAACUUUCACCGUCAGAUGAACUUCCUCCUCUGAAAAAACCAAUGAUACCUCAUGAUGAAGUUAUCGUACCAACCGUUGCAAAACGGUUGAAAAAGCAAGAACAAUUUAAUGAAUUUCAGCGAUACUCAGUUCCGAAUUCACCGACGGAACAUGGGUACACGGAUAUUACCGAUUAUGUGGAAGAUCUAUUCGAUUCUGACAAAAAGUAUCCUUAUACUACUUAUCCUCGACGAAAAACAUCAGUGUCUACGUCUACACCUCGACGUAAUACACGAUCUAGGCAAAAUUCAGCAGCGUCUAGAACUCGACCUAUUGUUAAGAAUCAUCAACCUCAGACACCAUCUCAUGCUGUCGUUGAUCAUAUUCGAUCACAACCAAGAAUAAAUAAUCAGAACAAUAAGGUUGAGGAUAACGAUAAAGAGGAGCUUUCGGAAAAUGGUAAUUCGGCCGCUGAUACGACAAUCACGAACACAUCUGAUACGGGAGCAGCUGAGGAUCCAAUGAGGGUUGGACGAAGGGCUCGUAGGGAAGAAUGGGUUAUGGUGGUGAGAGAUGAUGACGAAAAGUCCGAAAACUCUACUUCAACUUGGAACGGACAACCAUCAGACGAAAAUUCGAUUGAGAAUGAAGUCGGUCGCAUUGAAGAAGAUAUUCAAAAUGUGUACUCCGGCAGAGUCCAUCAAUCCCAAGAUUGUACUCACCUCAGACGAGCACAACGCAAGACCACUCACACUCGAUCUACAGAGCGUCCGAAGCAGCACAGACGAUCUUGA